UGUCAUGUACUCCUAGAUAAAACCCAAACAGACUACCUUUCGUUUAUUUAUUCUUAUCUGCAAAUGAUUAAUGAGUGAUCAUUGAAUCUCAGUCAGUUUGAUAACUCACAUACCAUGGAGAUAUCACAAAGUUGGAGCAAAAUUAUUCAUGAUGGUUCUAGUCCUCCUUUCGAUAGCUCACUCCCCUUGGAGAUUUCACAAGGAGAAACAAGGCAUCUUCUAGCAGUGGAAAUGAAUGAAAUUGGAUUAAAGGAUGAAGCAGAAACUAAGAUUCAGGUAAGGGGACUGAACAAGGUGUCAGAUAAGGGUGACUGUAUACUAAACAGUGUCAGUGUUGACAUACCAGGAGGAGUAAUUAUGGGGAUUAUUGGCCCCAGUGGUAGUGGAAAAUCAACACUUUUACGAGCACUAAACAGAUUGUGGGAGCCCCCUAAGAACACUGUUUUUCUGGAUGGUAAUGAUAUAUGUGGUAUAGAUGUGCUGUUUCUUCGUCGUAAAGUUGGCAUGCUAUUCCAGCUUCCAGUUCUCUUUGAAGGUACAGUGGCAGAUAAUAUACGGUACGGGCCAAAACUGAAGGGAAAGAAACUAAGUGAUGACGAGGUUUACAAGUUGCUGGCAUUAGCUGAUCUGGACUCAUCUUUCUUCAACAAGUCAGGUGGGGAACUAUCUGUUGGCCAAGCACAGAGGGUUGCACUUGCUAGGACCUUAGCUAAUGAACCAGAGGUUCUGCUACUUGAUGAGCCAACCAGCGCAUUGGAUCCAAUAUCAACACAGAAUAUCGAGGACGUUCUUGUAAAGCUGAAGAAGGAUCAGAAGAUGACAAUUGUGAUGGUUUCUCAUGGUAUCAAGCAAAUACAGAGAAUAGCAGAUGUAGUAUGCCUGCUUGUUGAUGGGGAGAUUGUAGAGAUAAUGAAGCCUGAUCAACUUUCUGAAGCUAACCACCCCAUGGCACUAAGAUUUCUUCAACUCAGCUCCUAGUGUUGUUUACGCGAAAAGUAAAUAAGGGACAAGGAAAUAAAGCUGUAGCAGAAAGUGCAUAUCCCAGCACCCAUAAGCUUGCAGAGACGCGUGAUAAUCGGUAGCAAGAGAGAUUCAAAUCCCCAUAAAUUGGAAGAUUCUCAACCCAAUGGAUCCACAAUUGGUAGCAAGAUUAAUGCAAGUGCCCAAAACGAAAUAAUCUUCAACCCAUUCAACUGAAAAGUGACGCGUGCUUAUUUAGUUACCGAAACUACUUGUAUAAAUACGUUUCUUAUGUACAUUUAUAGUCAAGUGUGUCAAUGAUACAAUUUCUUUUUGCUCA